AAAGCACUGUUUUUCCAACCUUUCCAACCCAUCAGAUCUGAGGGUAGAUGUUAGACAAGGUCAGGAAACAGAUCAUGACGCAGGUCAUUUGUCCCUUGCUGUGUAUAUUGCACUUUAUGAUGACUAUAAAGGGUUCUGAAUCAUGCGGAUAUGCACCAGCUUGUGAUAAAAAUGCAUCUAAAACAAAAGGGCUCUGUGUUCUAUUUCCAGGGAACUGACCCUGUUCUCUAUUACCUUAAAUGUUUGGGUGACAUAAAUAUGUAAUUUGUAGUCUAGUAUAUAAUGCCAUUGUCAUGUCAAUUAACUCAACAAGUCUUUCCAGACAUGAGUCCUUGGUUGCCAAUUUUGUUACCUUGUUCUUGGUCUCAUGGCCUAUCUUCAGUUUUGUAUGCCUAUUUGUUAGCAACUGCCAUGCGCAGCAAGUGGUGUGUAGAUUGUCAAGGAAUCUGACAGGGGCAUAGAGUCCAAACCCUGCCAUCAUGCUGAGUCACAAGUAAUUGUCAAGUUAACCAUUAAUUCACACUGUUUAAAGGUGAUUCACUGACAAAGCCUCUUGUGUGAUUUUUGUGGUGGAGUCAGUGCUUGCAUCAUCAUGGCAGACUUUGGGGAGAUUCUCGAGGCUAUUGGAGACUUCGGUCUUUUUCAAAAACUCAUCCUGUUUGGCCUCUGCUUCCCAAACACCCUGCUUCCAUUCCACCUCACCAGUCUGAUAUUUAAUCAAGGCAAUGAGGGACAGCGCUGUAACACUGACUGGAUUUUAACAGUGGGCCCUGACUUGACUCUGGAGGAGCAGCUUAAUCUGACCGUACCCAGGCAGCAGGAUGGGUCAUUCAGCACCUGUCACAUGUUCACCCCUGUGGACUGGGACCUUUCGGCCAUUAGAGAGAAUGGCCUUAAUGAGACCACCACCUGCAUCAAUGGUUAUGUGCAUGACCUCUCUGUCUACAAGUCCACGAUAGUCUCUGAUUUUGAUCUAGUCUGUGAUAAGGCAAAUUUAGUUGGCCUAGCACAGACAGUGUUCAUGGCUGGUAUUCUGGUUGGGUCACUCUUGUUUGGACCCUUCGCUGAAUCAAUUGGACGACAGCGGGCCACACAAGUACCCGUCGUUAUCAUGGCCAUUUUCACUCUUGUGACCGGCUUCUCACCCAAUCUCUAUUUUUACAUGGUAUCUCAGUUCAUAGUAGGAGUUUCCUAUGGAGGAUUCCGUGUUAACUGCAUUGUCCUAGCGACUGAAUGGAUUGGAAAGAACAAGCGUGCCUAUGCCUCUUGUUUGACACAAAUACUGGCUGGUGUUGGCCAGUGCAUUCAAGCUGGUAUAGUGUAUUUCAAUCGGGACUGGAGAAUUGCCCAGUUUAUCAUGGGAUCACCUAUUGUAUUGGUGGCUGUUUAUAUCUGGUUCAUCCCUGAAUCGGCCAGGUGGUUGUUGGAUCGGGGGAAAACUGAGCAAGCCAGACAGUUAGUUCUAAAGGCAGCCGCAAUCAACAAACGCACAAUACCUGACAGACUGUUAGAGAAGCUCAAAGAGGGGAAGGCAGUGGAGAGAGGUGGCAUCAGAGCACUCUUGGCCUCCUCAGUCCUGAAGAAGUACUUCUUUAGUAUUUUGGUUGGAUGGUGUGCACUGAACCUGGCAUACUACUGCCUGUCACUGAACGUUGGGAAAUAUGGCCUGAACAUAUUUCUCACUCAGUUCGUAUUUGGGAUAACAGAGGUGCCCGCUCACAUCAUCUGCAUUUGGUUGCUGGAGGCGGUGGGGAGGAAGGCCUCCCUCAUAGCCACCCUGCUGGUGGGAGGCUUCAUCUGUCUGCUCACACUCAUUGUUCCACAAGAUGAGGCUAUUGCUGUUACUGCCCUUGCUACAGUUGGGAGAUUUCUCAUGAAUGGGGCUGGGACUGUGUGCAAUAUUUAUGUCCAGGAGCUUUUCCCCACCUCUAUCAGACAAACUGCCACAGGCUUGGGUGCCACGGCCACGCGGGUGGCGGGAAUGCUGGCUCCUGUGGUGAACCUGCUGGUGAUCUACCACUGGACCAUCCCCACACUGGUGUUCAGCAGCUUUGCUCUAGCCGGAGGGGCCCUGGGCUUCCUGCUGCCAGAGACGAGACGCAUUGAACUGCCCGACUCCACCGAAGAGGCCGAGGGGAAGAGGAACAUGAAGGUUAUGAAGACGAUAGAAGCUCCGAACAUGGUGGAUGGUUCCCAAAACUGCAUAGCCACAAAACUUUAAUUCUUGAUUUUGCCUUUGCCUUUGUAAAAACUCCCUAGUCUCUGAAUUUAAUUGAUUUACUGAACUUCAUGUGUGCAAUGGUGCAUUUAAACUGUUCAUAUUACAUUUGACAUUAUUUUGUUUACAUUAAAGCAACAUCAAAGAA